AUGGUCUCUAGUACACCCGUAGUUUACUACCAGAAAACCGACCCGGGCAUACUGCUCAAAUAUGCGGAAAAACUGUUCGAAAAUGGGACCUUUCACCAGUAUUUAACCCCUCAACAGCUAAUAGUUCUCGAUAAAGUGCUGGGGAUUCAUGAUGCUUCUCGUAAGAACGGGAUAUGGCUAGAAUUGAUCAAUAGUAACAUUGCGCUGGAAGUGGUCAAAAAAGCUGAACAAAAGAUGACUGAUGGUCUAUCCACUAAGGAUUCUGCUGCUACAGGAUCUGCUGUCGCAAAUGAUGAGAAGAGCAGAGAAAAUGUUGCAUCUGGGGUCUCACCACUGCCUCCAAAACACUCCAAAACUGUUACAGACUCAAGUUUAGUACGGCAGGCCGAAGAACAUGCCGAAAUUUCCCAAAAAGACUCUGAACUUUUGCUGGAAGCCGAAUUUUCAGAGGUAGACUUGGAAAACUUACAGCAACAGAUGAGCGGGGUAGAGUUCAUAGGUAACCUUGCAUUAAAAGUAAGAUACGUGUUAUGGCAAAGUGCCAUAGAUCCGCUGUAUCAGCUCGUCUCCGAUGAAAAACUACAAAGCCUGCCUUUAGAGGAAACCACGCAAGAGAAUACAAGCGCCAUAGAAGCGUUAAACAGUCAAAGCGAAGCUGUGGUGGUACGAAAAGAGGAAGAGGAAGACAUGAAUUAUGAUGAUGACGAUGAUGAAGAUGAUUACGAUGGAGACAAUCUACAAGUUGAAAAUGACAAGUCACAAAAAAGCUCGAAGUUUGAGGAAUCUCGAGCAUCGUACGACGACAACGGACGUUACAUACUCGUGCUUGAAAUAUCAAGAGAUACAUUGCUGGCUCUAGGUACCACAAAUACACAAGCUGUCAUUGGAAACUUCAAUAAAAUCUACCAUAAUUUCGAGAACGAUCGCGAGACAUUAUUGAAGCGGCUAAAGCUCGAGGAAAGCGAUAAGCUGCUCGAACCGACCAAAAAGAGAUCGAGGAGCACAACAGGUGAUUCAGGCGACGAAGAACUGGAAGCUCAAGAUUCUUCCGAAUCAGAGUUCAAAAAAUCUAAACCUCAAGUUUCAGACACCCCUGCAUUGUCCGUGAAUCUUGGAUCUGCUAACCUUUCCCUCAAGCAUCUGUUGGCAUCUAUCCAGGACAACAAAUCUAAACUAAACAUCACCGAUUAUGAAUUAAGACACUUGGUCAUGGACGUCAAGAAAAAUCGUUCCAAAUGGGCCUCAGAUGACAAGAUUGGCCAAGAAGAAUUGUACGAUGCAUGCGAAAAGGUAGUUUUGGAACUUCGCAAUUUCACAGAACACUCAACAGCGUUUCUCAACAAAGUUAGCAAGAGAGAAGCUCCUAAUUAUUAUCAGGUCAUAAAAAAGCCAAUGGAUCUGAACACAGUUCUGAAAAAACUGAAAACAUAUCAGUACAGUUCCAAGCAAGAGUUCGUGGAUGAUGUAAUGCUCAUUUGGAAGAACUGUUUGACCUACAAUUCAGACCCAAAACACUUUCUGCGAACGCACGCAAUUGCCAUGCAGAAGAAGUCGCUUACGCUACUUCCAUUGAUACCAGAUAUCACGAUCAGAGAUCGAUCAGAAGUUGAAAAAGAGCUAGAGGAUAUAGACAAGGAGAAUGAUAAAGAAGAAGAAGGUGAGGAAGAAGCUUCUGGAACGGGAAGAAAGGGGGGCAAUGUUCGUGGGAUUAAACAGGAUGGUGAAGAACGCGAGUCAAAUGCAGGUACAGAACAAAGUGGUACCAAGACAGCUGCAGGUGAGGUUCCAAAUUCAGAAGAAUCCUCAAAUGUUGGUAAGGACAAUGACGACGAUAAUUCAUUAUCACAGGACACAAGCAGAAAUGUUUACACUGCACAAGAGGUAUCCCAGGAAGAGCAUGAAGAUAGAAGUGACAAUAUUCAGAGUGGUAAGCAUGUAAUGACUGAAGUUCCCGACGGGGCAGUUAAUGCAAAUGGUUCGGAACAUCUGGACGCUAUUGAAGUUCAGCCCGAAUCACAAAAAGCGGUUCUGGAAGCCAAAGAGGAAUCUGAGGAAGAUGACGAAGAAGACGAAGAAGGCGACAUGGAGUCUAACAUGUAUUUAGUGGAAAAGGAUGAUGACAGGGACGACUUAGAGCUAUCGACUUGGAAAAAUGCCACAGCAAGGGUUCGCGCGGAGCUUUGCAUCAAGAGAGCUGACUUAUUCUCUGAUGGUACCAUAAACUCGAAGGCGCCCGCCAUCCUCAGGAAUCCUGGCAAGAUGAAAGAUUUCGACCAGCUAGUCAAAGAAUACAAAGACCAGCAGGACGCUGAGCGACAAAGGCGCAAGUUGGAACAGGAAUCUAUAAUGAAGAAUGGUUUUGGAACGGUUAUAAAGCAGGAAGAAGAGGAAAAUGCAUCAUUGCAGGCACAGCAGUCGUCAGGCAUGAGCAACGACAAUGAAGUAGAGAAAGCGUCUACUGAAAUUGAGCUAGAUGAUGUUAAUGUUUUGAGCGAGUAUAACGUUGCAAAUGCAGUCCCUAAGAUCGGGUAUACAGGGCUGGAUGAUAAAGCGAUAGAUGAAGAGGAGAGCGAACUUGUCGAAUCGAUACUUACUCAGGGCAACCUGCCAGGGACUUCAUAUCUGGCAAACAAAAGCAAAGGUCUGAACCCAAAGAUAAAUGCUAAUAUUCGCCUGAUACAGGAAGUAAGGCAUAUCUGCCAUAAAAUUGCUUUAAUAAGAAUGCUGCAAAAUCCGCAAAACUUCUCCCAGGUAAGAAGCAAUUCUGCGAAUCCAAAUGGCCAGAUUUGGGACACUCAUAGGUACAAGUUCACCUCUAUCGAUGAUGACCUAGAUUUGGACCCCGUUUCCAGGCUGCCGACACGGAAUCACCAGCAAGACAAACACUUGAUUCGCCGCCUGAUGCAUAGGAAUGUAUCAAAAAUUGCAAUGUCCAAUGGAUUCGAAAGCUCUCAGCCUGUAGCGAUAUCAAUGCUGACUGAAAUUGCCGGAGAGUACCUUUCUAAUUUGGUGAACACCAUCAAGAUACAUCAUGAAAGUAACUCAUUGAAUCCCAAAAAGCCUUAUGAGAUUUUACAGAUGUCGCUACUGGAAAAUGGCAUCAAAAAACCAGACGAUCUCUAUUCAUACAUGGAGGCCGAGUUUGUGAAAAAGCAUAACAAAUUGAAAGACAUAAAGUCGAAGCUCAAUAACUUUCUCAAAGAGCUCUUGCGUCCAACGCUACAGGACCUUUCUGAAAAGAAUUUUGAAGAUCAAAGUCAGAGCUUCAUGACGGGGGAUUUCUCGAGUGAAAUAACUGGAGAGGAUUUUUUUGGUUUCAAAGACUUGGGUUUAGAACGUGAAUUUGGGGUCUUGAGUAAUUCCGUGCCUAUGCAACUCUUGACUUUUCAAUUUCAAGGAAAAGGCUCUGAAGAUAAAGUGCAGGACAAAAAGAUUCAACCUGAAGAGUUCAAUGAUGUCACUUACGCUGAGGUUCAGGUCAGUUCUGUACAAAAUGGUGAGUUCUGGCCAACAUUACAGCCGUUAUUAGAAAAGGCUCUCUCUCGCUUCAAUGCACACAACGCCAAAGUCGGAAAAGCCAAACUCAAUGACGGAAGUUCGGAAGAAGGUCCAGACAUGACGAAUCAAGUUUUAAAGGAAGACGAGGAAAGGCCAUCAAAAUCGAAAUCAUCAGGAAAACCCAGACUACCGCCAACGGGAAAAAUCAGCACCAAUUACAGAAAGAAACCUAUAUCUGAUGCAUUUUAUGCUCCUGAACCUCCUCGGGAUCCGAUUGCUCCCAAAACAGAAUAUGAAACUGGAAAUGGUGAUUUACAACUUCCCAAGGCGAACAGUGUACAAUCCAACGGCUCGAAUAGUGACCACGAUUCCUUUACACUGAGCUUACCAAAAGUCUCUGAGUGA